AUGGCUUCACUUGCAAUAAGGCCCGAUCUAAACCCGCUUCCCCCAACGGCGACGGCCAAGGCGGAAUUCACCAAGUCACCCACGGCUAAUGAUCCCUAUUCUUAUACGACAGGAUUUGGUAAUCGUUUCAUCAGCCAGGCACUUCCAGGGGUCAUUUCCUGGUCACAGAACACACCCCAAAAAGUCAAGUAUGACCUCUACUCGGAGCAGCUCAACGGAUCCGCCGUCAAUGCAAAGCGCAGUGACAUUCGCCACGUCUGGAUGUACCGCAUUCGUCCAUCGGUAGCGCAUGGCCCUAUUCGUCUUGACCCCAGCAUUAAUGAGCAUAUUGAGUCUUCUUUUCUUUCACCAAACCCCAAAGUUGAGUCGUGUGCUUCCCAGCAGGCCUGGGACCCUUUUCCCAUCCCAGCGGUUACGAGUUCCCGCGGCGAUGCCAAGUCAAUCAACUUUGUGCAGGGCAUCCGCACCAUCGGCGGCAAAGGAGAUGCUGGUCUUGAAGAAGGCCUCGCUGUACACACAUAUUCGGCAAAUGCCGACAUGGAAAGACAGGCAUUUUGCAACAAUGACGGAGAGAUGCUCAUCCUCCCCCAGCAAGGUCGACUGGAUAUCACCACUGAGCUUGGGCCGCUCAUGGUCCGUCCCGGUGAGGUCUUUCUCAUGCCCAGCGGCAUGCGAUUUCGUGUAAAACUCCCCGAUGGGCCUUCAAGAGGCUACAUCCACGAAGUUUUUGCCGCCCAACAUGAUCUUCCCGAACGUGGUGUCAUCGGCCCCAACGGCAUGUCUAUGGAGCGGAAUUACUGCGCUCCGCUUGCUCGCUACGACAUUGACGAAAAGCCCUGGUCCAUUAUCUACAAGAUGGACGGCUCGCUGCACAGAUGCGAGCAAAAGCAUACCCCCUUCGACGUCGUUGCCUGGCAUGGCAAUCACGUACCCGUUAAAUAUGACCUGCAUGAAUUCAUCAGCUUGGUCAACUCAACAAAAGACCAAGCUGAUCCAACACUGUACACUGUCCUCUCUGUCAAAUCAAACAAGAAAGACACGCCUUUGAGCGAAUUCUUGAUCUUCACUGAAAAAUGGAUCACUGCUGAAGGCACAUUUCGCCCGCCCUACUACCACCGGAACAUGAGCACCGAGAUUAUGGGACUCGUCUUCGGCGAGUAUGGUGGCAGCAGUCACGUCCUGGCACCGGGUGGUCUCAGCUACGAGGCGGCCUACAUGCCGCACGGCGAGACCUAUGAAACCUGGAAAUCUGCCAGCAACCAGGAGCUUGGGCCGGUCAAGAUUUGCAAGGGCACAAUGGCCUUCAUGUUUCACAUUGGCGGCCCCGUCAAAUUGACCAAAUGGGCCAUGCACGGCCAAGGUGCCGAAUCUCUGCAUCCCAGCGACCCAACGCAGUGGAACAGCGUGAGACCUGGUUUCUUUGAUUACGCAGAACAAAUUGCUGCUGAUAUAGCAGCGGGAAAUGGAAAGCGGUAG